CAAUAGAUGUUUAAUAGAAGUAAGCGAGAAUCCCACGUGUGUUUAGAGUUUUCAUUUGUGCAGUGUAGUUUAGUAGAGUAGAAUCUAAAACAUUAUGAAAAUGGAGUCUAACGGACCUGCAUCCCCAACUAAUGGGACUGAGGAAAUACCAAAUGAUCCCGGGAAGAUGUUUAUUGGUGGCCUCAGCUGGCAGACCACUGCAGAAAAAUUAAAAGAGCACUUUGGUAAAUACGGAGAAAUUAAGGAAUCCAUGGUUAUGAAAGACCCAACAACAAAACGUUCAAGGGGAUUUGGUUUCGUGACAUAUAAAGACCCAAUUAGUGUAGAUCAGUGCUUAGAAAAUGGACCUCAUAUACUGGAUGGAAAACAAGUUGACCCAAAAGUGGCGUUCCCUAGAAAAGCACAGCCAAAGAUGGUGACCAAGACCAAGAAAAUAUUUGUAGGAGGAUUGUCUGCGCAGACCACAGUAGAAGAUGUGAAGAAAUAUUUCUCAACAUUUGGAAAAAUAGAAGAUGCUAUGCUGAUGUUUGAUAAAACUACAAACAGACAUAGAGGAUUUGGUUUUGUUACGUUUGAAGACGAAGAUACUGUUGAAAGAGUGUGUGAACUCCAUUUCCAUGAAAUCAACAAGAAGAUGGUUGAGUGCAAGAAAGCACAGCCCAAAGAAGUGAUGUUGCCGCAACAAUUGGCACGUGGUCGCGGUAUUGCACGAGUGACCGAGGAUGGAGAGAUUAUCUGGGAACCUUUACCCAGUGACCUUGUUAUGCCAGAAUUGUGUUUGGUUCCAAAUAUGUUGCAACCGUAUCAAGCAGCGUAUGGUCGUGGAUUGCCAACUGCAGCAUUCGCUCCGGCAGGCUAUUAUUAUCCAGCUGGGCUAGGCUCUCUUGGGCAAAGUGUUGGCGUCACGCCAGCUCAGAAUGCGGCACUUGCAUUCAGUACACGGGCUUCAACUGUGUCCCGAACGCCCGGCUUCCCUAGUUACGGCUUGAUCCCCUCGGCAAAUGAGAGACACGCUUCUCCGACUGCUCUGUAUAACUUUGCUGACGUGACUACUGGAGUCCCCACAAUUCAGAGGAGUGAGCCGUCUCCACUCCCAAAUGUCUCCACUUCCCCUCUACAACGAGCCAAUGACACACAGGCCCUGUUCACGGCCCAUUCCCAGGCACAGGCUCUAGUAAAUGCCCAGCGCUCAGCUAUGGCAUUUUCGUCCCUUCAACAAGUCCCACAGGCUACCUCUCCUCUUACAAGUCGUCAGAUCAUACCCGGGGCCAGCAGCCCAGGGCCUCUCGAUCAACUGAUCUCAGUACAGGACCCCCUCAGCUACUUGCAGGCAACAAGCCCACAGCCAGCCGGCUUCAGCGGGCUUAAUCUGACCAGGCCAACACAGCUGGUCAGCUUCCAGAAUGGCUACCAUUAAAUUCCUCGCUUUAGAUGACAGGAAGCAAGACAAUUUGCCAAAGAUAACAAGACAUUUUGCUGACUUUUCCUACAGUUGUUUUCUUCUUCAAUGCUGUUUCUAGAAAUUCUUUACACUAAAGACUGAUAAGUUUAAAUUGCUUUCUACGUGGAGGUCAAAGACCAUGUGACCAAAGGUCGAGUAAAGGUCAUUUUGCGCAACUAUUUGUGAAAAUGACACCAAUUACUUUAAUAUACUUAAGAGCUGGACACAGUGCAAUGCUGAAGAAAAUUUAAUAAAAAAAAAGAGUCCCACAAUAUAUGACGUCCCAGCGUAUAUGACGAAGUGAAAAAUGCAUUGCUGAGGGAGAAGGAACUUCAUUUGUUUAUGUCUUUAUAUCUAAUCUUGUUAAGUAAUAAUCCUUUUUUUGUAUCACAAAAUGUUAUUAUAUAAAUCUGUUAUCUAUUGUGAAGUUUACAAAUUUGCAUUGUCAAGGUUACCAUUUUGUGUUGUCAUAGUAACUGUUUUCAUUCUCUGUCAUUGGCAGAAAUUAUUUGCUUUACUGUCUUGUGAUGGACUGGGAACCAGACCUCCCAGAUCUAUAAAUAGGUAUGCUAUAAAUAGGUAUGCUAUAAAUAGAUACGAAUAUUGCCAUUCUUUUUUCAUUGGUAGAUAGGGUAUCUAUGUACAGAAGGGUCUGAAUAAGAUUGACAUACAUUUUUUAUCUGGAGAGUCUUUUAUUAAGAUGUUAUAUUAUUAUAAUAUUAUAAUUUUGUCACAUAAUGUGACGUUAUGUUAAAUAGUGAUUGUCAUUUAUAAUCAAGCUAAUGUUGUAUGCAAAUUUAUUGGCAUUGAAAAAAUGCGUCCAUUAUUCAAAUUGAAGAGUCCUGCACACACAUCGAUGGAAAUUCAUUUUUAAAGUUGCUUGCUAUAUUUGAAUUCAUUAUAUCCCUGCAUGUUCUAGCCUAGCACACGAGCUUGCAGCUAGAAUUCUGUACUUUUUUUUAAGUUUACUUCAAAUGGCAUAUGUUGGCCUAAACUUUGUCAAGCAAGCAUCACAUUUUUCAAUCCAUCUCUUUAAAUUUCAGCACGAAUAAAACAUGCUUCUCUCCAUUUUGUCUUUAGCUAGUGACAAGCUUGGAACAUUUUAUUAUUUUUUGUAAAUCGCAUCAGAAGUUAUGUUGUCUGAGACUACAUAGAAGGCCCUGGCAGGUGCAUGUUUAAAAAUGGACAUCGUGCAAAUGAAUAUUCAUUAGAUUAUUUAAAUGACUUUAAAUUUGCAUACACCUUGGUUGAAAUUCAUUAUGUAUAUACAUGACCAGAACAACAUUUUUUUGUUGCACAUGUUUUUUUUUCUCUAUCUUUUGUUUGUGAUUUUUAUUGAUUUUUAUUUUUAACUGGUACUUAUAUUUUUGAUGACUUUA